AUGCAAUAUUUAUUGGCUUUGUGUUUUGUUUUAGUAGUUUUGGGACAAUAGAUAAAAGGAAAUGGGAAGCAUCAUAAACACAAGAACAAGGAGAUCGGAUUUGUGUAGGUUUCAGCAGAUUUGAAUGAUUAACGCAUCAUCUUGGAAGGGAUUAUACAAUAGGUGAAUCAAUUAGCUCUCUUAGUAUAAAGAUAAAAUGUAUUUGAUGAUAGUUUGAGACAAAGACCUUUUGAUUUGAUGGGUUAAUUGGAUCGACUUGAUAAAUUGGAAUUGUAACCAGAAGAAUCUAAGAUCAUUGAAAGCUUAAAAUAGCAAUUAAACAUAAUCUCUAAUGCCAUGGAUGUGGAUGAUUACAUUCAAGAAUGCGACGGAGAAGAUGUUUGUUAAAUAUGCUAAGCCUCUGUGUAUUAUUAAUUGGAUGAUGAUAAUUGGUAUAUGAUUGGAUUCGAGCAUGGAUUUAAAAAGGAGUUCCAAUUCCUUCUAGAUUCUGCAAAAUAAGCACUAGGAUCUGAUGGGGAUCUCUUGUUGGCCUUCUCAACUGAAAAUCACAUCUGUCUGCAAUUUGCCAAUCUCAAACAUCCCAUAGACAUCAAUGGAGUACUUAAGCUCUAUUUGGGAACCACAUUGAAUGAUUACCAAAAUAAAUUGAUUCGCUUGCCAACUCAUGGAGUACCUUUGGAGUUCCUAGUCAGAGCAGAAUACACGAAUAGGAAUUUCAUUUAUAAAGAUCUCAAAUUUAUUGUAAAUGAUAAUUCCCAAAGAGAUAUUCUGGGUGGCCGAUUGAAUAAAUUGCAAUUCUCCAUUUUCGAUUUAAAUGUUUAUAUGAUCAUAUUAUCAUUUAAGGUACUGAUCGAAUAUGAUGGCCAAUUUUACAUCCAAUCCCAGAUCUUCCCAUUUCAAGUUAAGACCAUUCAAGGGAGCACUCAAUCAGAAUAAAUCAAUAUCAAAUAUUCAAAGAACAUAGCCGAAUAGUAUUUGUCAAGUUCUAUUCUGAAGGACACGUUCAAAUUUAGCUAGAUGCAAGCCUCUACUUAUACAAAUAGUACUGACAUAGUAAUAUCUGUUGAAUUAGAUUGA